GCGGUUGAAAUGUCCGUAAAAACACUCGGUUCUGUUUUGUCUCGGUCCUUUUGGACUCGGGGGAAGAGGGGGCCCUCAGGGGCCCGGUCUCCCUCAGGGGCCCGGUCUCCCCGCGUCCACAGACUGUGCAGCUCGUGCUGCGGCUCCAAACAGAAGCUUCUCUGUGGAAAAACUCAGCAGCAAAGUUGUGACCCGAGCGCGUGUCCCCCCGAGGCCCCGCACAGAGCCCCGAGUCCCGCCAACAAGAAACCCGAGGAGCCCGCGGGGCCCCCGGGGGCCCCGGGAGUCAGCGCGGUCAGAGGAGUCAGAGGACGCUCUUAUUUUACCCACGCGGCCCCCACGGACCAGAGGAGCCUCCUGUGGGCGCGGUACCACGAGAUGAAGAGACUGGUGCACGAUCUGAUCCCGCCGGGCGCGUGCGGAAUUCUCAACCACUCUGCGAUUUACUCCAACAACGAGGUGAGUCUGGCCGAGGUCGACAUCUACGGCUUCGAUUACGACUACACUCUGGCCUUGUAUUCAAACGCACUCCACAGCAUGAUCUACGACACCGCGCGAGGUUUUCUCAUCGACCACUUCAAGUAUCCCCAAGGAAUCCGCAAAUACGACUACAUUCCAAACUUUGCCGCCCGAGGCCUUCACUACGACAUACAAAAGGGUCUUUUAAUGAAAAUCGACGCGUUUCAUUACAUCCAACCAGGGACGGUUUACAGAGGUUUGAGCCCCGUCCCGGACGAGGAGGUGCAGGAGCUUUAUGGUGGAACAUUUCACAUCCCUCUGGAGCAGGACAGCGGCUUCUAUGGAAAGGGGCCUAAAGUGAAACAGUUCAUGGACAUCUUCUCAAUCCCAGAAAUGACUCUUCUCGCCGCCGCAAACGAUUUCUUCAUCACGAACGAGAUCGACUACGACCCCGUGCACCUCUUCAAAGACGUAUCGGAGGCGGUGGGCAUGGUCCACUUAAAGGGAUUUAUGUACAAGUGGAUUAUGCAGGAUCUGGAUAAAUACAUCCUCCGCGGCGAGGAGACGGACGCCGUGCUGCACAGACUCGUGGACCAGGGGAAGAAGCUGUUCCUUAUCACAAACAGCCCGUUCACGUUUGUGGACAAAGGGAUGAGCCACAUGGUCGGAAAAGACUGGAGAGAAUUCUUUGACGUCGUUAUCGUUCAGGCCGACAAACCGCAUUUCUUCACCGACUGCAUCAAACCUUUCCGACGCCUCGACUGUGACGGCGCCUUGAGGUGGGACAAGAUCAAGACUCUGGAGAAGGGUCAGAUCUACAAACAGGGAAACUUGUUCGACUUCCUCAGACUCACGGGCUGGAGAGGCUCUAAGGUUCUGUACUUUGGAGAUCAUCUGUACAGUGACCUGGCUGACCUGACUCUUCGACACGGCUGGAGAACAGGAGCCAUCGUCCCAGAGCUGGAGCACGAGACAAAGAUCGUGAGCACGGCCCGAUACUCCACCAGCCUGACCUGGAUGCAGGCGCUGACCGGACUCCUGGAGCAGAUGCAGACUCAUCGUGACCCCGUGUCCAAAGAGGUCAUGGGCGAGUGGCGGAAGGAGAGGGAAGAACUGAGGAUUAUGGCCAAAAACCUGUUCAACCCGCACUUCGGCAGCAUCUUCAGGACCUGCCACAACCCGACGUACUUCUCCCGGCGGCUGUGUCGUUUCUCAGACUUAUACAUGGCGUCGCUCAGCUGCCUGUUGAACUAUGACCUCUCGUACACGUUUUACCCGCGCCGCACGCCGCUCCAGCACGAGGCCCCUCUGUGGAUGGACCAGCUCUGCACCGGCUGCAGGAAGACGCCUCACCUGGACGACAUGGCGCAGAUCCGAUAGAGACGUUUACGGAGACGUUUAAAGUACAAGUACUAAAGUAAAAGUACAGAUACUUUUUACUUUUCCCUGAGCACAUUUGAGAGCAGGAUCUGUACUUUCUCCACUACAUUUUUGAACUGGACUGAAAAGUAAAAGUAUUUUUUGU